AUGCGCACCUCACGAACAUCACAAGAAACGACAAAACGCCUACAAGCGCUGUCCCCCCGUCGCACGCGCGGUUCCACAAAUCCGGAUCUGAACCUCCAGCGCUUCGCGUACGACAACCCGCGCGAAAUCAAAGAUGAAGACGUCUCGUCGCUUUCGUCGGUGAACACUGUUGACAUCGAGGAUGUUCUCGAGCCGCCCGCGAAACGGCGAAAAGCCGCCCCUGUCCCUGCUGCACCAUCUGUACCAGCACGCGCGAGACAGACUCCGAACGGAGCACCAACGAAACGAACCCGCCGAACCCCAGCGCGAAAAAUCAAGACCGAUGGAGCCACAACAGUCCAACCGCCCUCUGACUGGGAAACAAUCUACAAUACCGUGAAGAAAAUGCGGGCGAUGAAUCCAACCGCGCCGGUGGAUACGAUGGGAUGCGCGGAAUUGUAUUGGCGGGCGUCGUCGGUGAAGGAUCAGCGGUUUCAUAUUCUGAUUGCGUUGAUGUUGUCGUCGCAGACGAAGGACACUGUUACUGCUGUUGCGAUGGGGAGACUGCAUACUGAGCUGGGAGCUGUUGAGGAGGAUAGCGCUGUUAAAAAGGAGGAGGACAUCGAGGACGGGGUAAAGACGGAGGAUGACAUUAAGAAAGAGGUCAUCAAGAAAAAGGACGACAUCGAGGAUGGAGCUAAGGAAGAGGACGUCAAGAAAGAGGACGGUGAAGAAAAUCAGGCCAGCACGCUAACCCUCCAAAACAUCCUAGCCGUCAGCCCACAACGCCUUAACGAACUCAUCCGCACCGUCGGCUUCCACAACAACAAAACCAAAUACAUCAAAGCCACAGCCCAAAUCCUCCACGAUAAAUUCAACUCCGACAUCCCCUCCACCGCCCCAGAACUAAUGUCCCUUCCCGGCGUAGGUCCCAAAAUGGCCUAUCUCUGCAUGAGCGCCGCAUGGGGAAAACACGACGGUAUAGGCGUUGACGUGCAUGUCCAUCGUAUAACGAACCUGUGGGGAUGGCAUAAGACCAAAAACCCUGAAGAAACGAGGGCUGCGCUAGAGUCGUGGCUGCCACGGGAUAAAUGGCAUGAGAUUAACAAGUUGUUGGUUGGAUUGGGGCAGACCAUUUGUUUGCCUGUUGGGCGUAAAUGUGGAGAGUGUGAUUUGGCUGGGACGAAGCUCUUGGUGACCGUAGGUGUAUACAGAGCCCCAAAGGGUAGUGAAUAUCACGGGACCUUUGAGUGGGUUGAGCUUCCACACAAUCAUCUUUUGUGGCCUCAUGGCCUCAAUGGCAUCUAUUUUAUAACACACAUCUACCUCUUGACAAUCUCUAUCUACGCUGAGCACUCUACAAUCUAUCCUACUCCAUCUAACCACUCUGCAAUGCCACCCAAACGCGCAAAGGCAGAGCAGCCACUACGCGAAGACGAAAUGGACAUCGACGAAAUCGAAGACGAACCUUUAUCACCUACGAAAGAUCGAAUGGAACCCAGCCCUGACUACACCCCAAGCAACAGCCGCCUCACCUUCUUCGACCUACCAGCACACAUUCGAACUCGCAUCUACCUCUUAUCAGGCCUGGCUCGGCCCUGCACGACCCGUAUCGAUACAGGCUGGCCAAGAAACUACCCGAGCAGAAACAACUUCUGUGAGCUGGAGCGAGAGGAUCUCCGCGUUUCUCGUCAGGGUGGCUACUACACUGCGGCUACGACUACUAGAUUCUGCACACAUCCCAAUUUUCCAAUGGCGUUGUUCAGGGUAUCUCGACAGAUGCAUAAGGAGGCGGCGCGGAUCUUUCUCAAGAAUAGUUUCGCCAUGCUUCUGGCUUACAGGUCGGAUUUGGACUACUUCCAGAUGUCGCUGGGGUGGGCGUUUAGCCGGUUACGGAGUUUGCAUAUCGAGCUAAGGCCUGGAGAUGGACGGUUUCUCAAGAUGCGUGGUGGAAUGCAUGGUACGGCGUGGAAUACGUGGGCAGCGUUUUGCGGGCAGGUUAAAGGGAAGAUGCCUGCUCUCGACGCGUUCAGUUUGAAGUGCAAGGUGCGGAUGCCCGAAGUUGCAGAUAAAUUGCUCGACCAUAUGCAGGGCUUCCCUGAGUUAUUAAGUUGUGGGGUUCACUUCAAUCCCUCUCCCGAUGAUGAGUUACAAGUCAAAGUCAGGCAGUUCUGCUGGAAGAUGACGGGGAGGCUGGAUCCUCCGUCGUUCCCGUUCGUGCGUCUUCCCAAGGAAAUGCAGUUGCUGGUCCUCGAGUUCCUCUUGACCAACCGUUCAGAUCCAUACUCGCCCCGCGCAGGGAACUCGUUAUCAGAGGGCUUUCGAUGUCUCGAGAGCGUGGUGACUUUUCAGAACCGUCGAUAUCUGCGAGCCCAUGAUGUCCGUCCUAUGAUGUGCUGCGGGACGUGCUCGCCCUCGCAGGCGAUGUGUUUCUGCUUCUCACGCCAGUGCGCAUUCUCCACGACCUGUUCCUGCUUCAGCACACCCCUACCGUACUUCCUCGUCAGCCGCGAAUUCUACAACAUGGCCCACCACAUCUUCUACUCGAAGAACGUCUUCGCCUUUGUCGAAGAGGAUCCCGAAGACAUGCUCCGCAUCACACAUAACAUCCCCACACCCACUUUCAUGCAAAUCCGACGUCUUGCAUUCAAAUUUCCCUACCACCACCGCAUGCCCUACCGUCUCAACGCCCAGAAAAUCGAAGAAACCGCCUUUAUUUCCUGGUCCGUGCUCCACCGGUUCAUCCGCGAACAUUUCGACCUCCCAAAACUAUCAAUCUCAGUCAUCGACGUCGGAGGCGCAGAUACCUUCUCGCGAACCAGGAUGAUAUCAUCUCGAAAUCGAUACCUGCGAAAGUUACUGCUCAGUUUCGCGGAUUUGAAGGGUUUACGCGAUUUCUGGGUAUUUCUCGCAGAUGAUCCUGGUUUUGAGGAGGAGGCGAAGGCGGUUGUGUUGGGGAGGAAGGAGGCUGAUGAUUCGAGGGUUUACGAGGAGGAUACUUUCCUUUACCGCGAGUUGUGAACGUAGUAUCAGUGGUUUAAUUUAUGAUUUACUUCUGCUAGAAUGUAUUAAUAAUAUCAGG